AAUUUAUUUUCGAGUGAAAACCGUCCACAAGUCCAUCACUGUUUUACUAUUUUACCCUUGUUUACACUGGGAUUUUGUUGGCUGAUGUUCAAAAAUGGAGGGACAAUUUUUGACCGGAGACGAAGCGGGAAAUCCCUCUUCCUGGCCCUCUGCGAGCGUAGAAGGGCAGCUCCUUUCAUAGUGUCUCCGUUACUCCCUCCUCUACCUCAUCUGUUCCCGUUGGUUUCAUUUUCAGCAUGUUCCUUCCGGCCUCAGCUCUCCUCACUCACCGUCGCCGCCGCAUCAUCCCCUCCGCAACCCUCUUCCUCCGCCUCGGCCUCCGGCGUCAGUCUCUCUGCACCGCCGUUUCACCGCCACUGGAGUACACUCUCUCCCACCCCAUCUACUCGGUCUGGGGCGCCAACACCGGUCUCGGAAAAACCCUAGUCUCCACCGGCCUCGCUGCCUCCGCUCUUCUCUCUCCUUCCUCAUCCCCCACCAAGUUCAUCUACCUUAAACCCGUCCAGACCGGCUUCCCCGCCGACUCGGACUCGCGUUUCGUCUUCCGCAAAGUGUCCGAACUGUUUCGCCGCCGUAAGCCGCUUAUCUCUAUCUUCGCUUCGAAUCACGUCCUCAAAGCGUCGGACGCCGCUGCGGAGGCGGUGUUGGGUCGAGUUGAGUCCGAAUUGGGAGGCGCCGGCGACAGUGGGAUGAGAGAUUUGGGGUGGUAUGAGGAGAGUAAGUUGCAUGGCUGGGAGGAUAGUGGGGAAGUGGCGGCUUCGGAGUUGAUUUGUAAGACUAUGUAUGGAUGGAGAGAGGCCAUAUCACCGCAUUUAGCGGUGGAAAGGGAAGGUGCGGUUGUAGGGGACUCUCUGGUAAUUGAGAUGCUGCGAAAGUGUUUGGGAAUAGGUUUGGAAAAUGAGAGUAAGAGCAGUAGGGUGGAUAUAUGGAGUGUAGUUGAGACUGCUGGAGGUGUUGCUAGUCCGGGGCCCUCGGGAUCUCUUCAGUGUGACUUGUAUCGACCUUUCCGCUUGCCGGCUAUUCUUGUUGGAGAUGGGCAGCUGGGUGGUAUUUCUGGGACAAUUUCAGCAUAUGAGAGUUUAAAUCUUCGAGGUUAUGAUGUUGCUGCUAUUGUUUUUGAAGAUCAUGGCCUAGCGAACGAAGUGCCAUUGUUGUCUUACCUACGAAACAAGGUGCCUGUGCUUGUUCUGCCGCGUAUUCCACAAGAUCUAUCAAAUGACCUGAUGGAAUGGUUUGAUGAUUCUCAUGAUGUAUUUAGUUCUCUUAAGGAAAUAAUGCUGUCUACUUAUUUUGAAAGAAUACGAAAGUUGCAAGACAUGCCAAGAAAGGCAGAAGAUAUCUUGUGGUGGCCGUUCACUCAGCACAAACUUGUACAUAAAGAAAUCGUUACCGUAAUUGAUUCACGUUGUGGUGAAAACUUUGCAGUCCACAGGGUCGGAAAUAGUGAUGUCAUCACUCAACAAUUUGAUGCAUGCGCUAGUUGGUGGACUCAAGGACCUGAUGCUACUUUACAGAUUGAGCUUGCUAAAAAUAUGGGCUAUGCUGCUGCAAGAUUUGGGCACGUAAUGUUCCCUGAGAAUGUUUAUGAACCAGCUUUAGAAUGUGCAGAGCUUUUGCUUGAAGGAGUAGGAAAAGGUUGGGCUUCUCGGGUAUUUUUUUCGGAUAAUGGCUCUACAGCAAUUGAAAUUGCCCUCAAGAUGGCUUUUCGAAAAUUCUGUUUUGAUCAUGAAAUCCUUUGUGAUACUUCCAAAGCUAAUGUGGUUGAAAAAUGUAUUGAGCUUAGGGUCCUAGCUCUUAAAGGAUGUUAUCAUGGUGACACUUUGGGUGCUAUGGAAGCACAAGCACCAUCAUCUUAUACUGGCUUUCUCCAGCAACCAUGGUACACGGGAAGAGGCCUUUUUCUGGAUCCGCCAACAGUCUUCAUGUACAAUGGCAUGUGGAAUCUUUCCUUACCUGAAGGGAUGCAGGAUGAAAAAUUGAAACCAGAAGUUAUAACCUUUACUUCGCGGGAUGAACUUUUUUGUAAGAGCAGGGACGAUUCAGAUCUUGCUGGAUGUUAUUCAUCAUAUAUAUCGCAGCAGCUAUUGCUGCAUUCAGGAUCAGAAGGGUUUACCCACAUUGGAGCAUUGAUUAUUGAACCAGUUAUGUUGGCUGCUGGUGGAAUGCACAUGGUUGAUCCACUGUUUCAGAGAGUACUAGUUAAUAUGUGCCAACGUAAAAAAAUCCCUGUUAUCUUUGAUGAGGUUUUCACAGGUUUCUGGCGUCUCGGAAUGGAGUCUGCUGCCGAAUUACUUUGCUGUCAUCCAGAUGUAGCCUGCUUUGCUAAGCUGAUGACUGGGGGUAUGAUACCUUUGGCUGCAACACUGGCAACAAAUGCCGUUUUCGAUGCAUUUUAUGGAGAAUCUAAGCUCAAGGCCCUUUUGCAUGGACACUCAUACUCUGCGCAUGCUAUGGGGUGUGCAGCGGCUGCUAAAUCCAUAAAAUGGUUUAAGGAUCCUCAGACAAAUGGUAAUCUCACUUCUGAAGGAAGGUUUCUUAGAGAGCUAUGGGACAUGGAGCUGGUGCACCAGAUCUCAUCACAUCCAGCUGUUCAAAGAUUAGUUGUUCUGGGAACUCUUUGCGCCCUCGAACUUCGAGCAGAAGGCUGUAAUGCUGGGUAUGGCUCGCUUUAUGCAACUGCUCUUCUCAGGAAGCUGCAGGAAGAUGGCGUCUACAUGAGGCCUCUGGGUAAUGUCAUUUAUCUCAUGUGCGGGCCCUGCACAUCUCCUCACAUAUGUACCCAACUCCUCCUCAAGCUUUACUGCGGGCUGGAGGAAUUCAGCCAAUCUAAGCAGCCGAUGUGAAGUGUUUUGAAUUAUAAAAUUGACUUCUUUCUUGUCGGCACAGUGCCGAAGCAGCUCAUUGUUGACAGACAUGAAUCAGAAGUUUAAUUCAGCGUGCGUCGUCAGUCUCGAAAAGGACAAUUACAGUGACUACAAUUUCAAUAAAGGGUUCGGGACUGAGCAUUGGAUGUGGGAAUGUGUCUAUCCCAUUUUUUUAAGCACAUUGGUGAGCCCAAACAUGCGACGCCAUGAUGCUGUGCUGUGCUGCGCAUGGAUAAUCAUUAUGCCUUUAGAUCCAAUAAUAGCAGCUUGCGCAAGCA